GGUUUGGAACUUGUAAACAAUCCCAAAUCCCGACCGCAGGCUUAUUCGAGAUUGCUACGCGAGCCUCAAUUUAGUAGCCUUUCUCUCUCCCUUACCUUCUGCUGCUACUUACCUUGUGAGUUCACACCUUCGCCGCAACAACCAGUUCUAUUUCUCAAAUUUUCAUGGUUUUUGACUUCAAUAAAAUAAAAGGAUGGAAAAAGUCCUUCGGGAUGUAGUUUGUGUCUGCUGUUCUUGCGGCGUCGUAGUUAAGCACUGAUUAAAACUUCAGUGAUUAUUGAUAAACAAUGGAUGACUCCGCUGAUUCAAAGUACAAGGAAACAAUAAAGAAAGAAGCUCCACAGUUAGCUGCAUUGUUGAAAGAAAUGAAGUUGGGCCUAGAUACAGUGACAUGUAAAGUACAAGCUCUAACUGUCAAGGUGAAGGCAGGUAACUAUCCAACAGCAGACGGGAUAAGCUAUCUCGAGGCUAAACAUUUACUGCUCAUAAGUUAUUGCCAGUCGCUUGUCUACUACUUGCUAUGCAAAGCUGAAGGCUUAUCUAUUGAGGGGCACCCAGUUGUCCGAAGCCUUGUUCAGAUAAGGUUAUUUUUAGAGAAGAUAAGGCCAAUUGACAAGAAACUCCAGUACCAGAUUCAGAAACUUACAAGGGGUGCUAGUGGCGUAACAGAGCAAGUAGGUCAGAGUGAGAAAAUAUCAGAUGCACCUCAGAAGGCGGACGAUGAUCUUUUAAAAUAUCGGCCAAACCCAGACAUGCUUAUUAACAAAUCUGACAUGACGACACAGGAUGGUGCUGGCAUCUAUCGACCUCCAAAAUUUGCCCCUAUUUCCAUGGAUGAGGAUAAGAUGUCAAGACAGGAAAGAAAUGCCUUGAGAAGGGAAAAAGAGUCUUUACGACGAGCUAAGGAUAGUGGUUACUUGAGGGAUGUGAUCAAUGAAUUUGAGGGUAAACCUCAAGAGGUUGUGGAAACUGUUGGAGUUGAGAGUAAGGAGCUCCAAAGAUACAAGGCAAAAAUGGAAGAGCGUGAGCGACAAGAAGAGGAGCUCUUUACUCGCGUUCCUCUUACAAGGAUUGAGAAAAAGAAGGAAAAACACUUAAAGAAGUCAAGAAAUGGGUUGCUUGGUUUGACUGAGAAUUUCUAUGAUGAAAUCAGAAGUUUACCAUUGGGAGAUAAUGGUGGAGAGCAGACAACAGGUUUCCAUAAUGUUAGCAACCGUGUUGGAAAACUUAAGAAGCGCAAGAGGAGGCAUUGAAGGACAAGAACCAAGUUUUUUGGGUAUUUAAAGCAAAUAGAGUGUACUAUCGUAUGGUUGCCUUGCGAUCGACCGUCUUAGCAAAGGAAGUUAUUUGAGAGGUUUCAGUGAGUGCAUGACACAUUUUUUUGUUAACAAGGAGAUGCUUCAUUUUUCUUAUUUUGUUCUUAUCAUAUUGAUUGUGAGGACUAUUUAUGCUUCAAAUUCGUCAGGAUUUCAUGCACA